AUGGAAGACCCUGAAGUAAUCCAAGCUCGUGCCAAACUCGCAGCUAAAUUUGGCGAAUCCGCGAGAAUAGGUGGAAAAGGCUCAAUGAGACGUAAAAACAAAGUUCCUCACAAAACGACCAUGGUUGAUGACAAGAAAUUGCGAUCUUCAAUAUCAAAGCUCGGAGUUCAGCCAUUGCCUGCAAUAGAAGAAGUCAAUUUCUUCAAAGACGACAACACUGUGCUGCAUUUUGUAAACCCACAGGUCAAUGCUAACAUUAAAGACAAUUUCUUUGUGGUUUCAGGCACAGGCGAAGUGAAAACAAUCAAAGAUCUGAUGCCAGGCAUCAUCACUCAGCUAGGACCUAAAAACCUUGACGUCUUAAAAGAUCUUGUUCAAGCUAGCAAAGAGCAAGCAGGAGAAGAAGAAGUGCCUGAUUUAGUGGGAGGACAAAACUUUGAAGAUGUCGCAAAUCAAUCUUAA